GUCAGCAAAUGUAUUAUUUGUAAGACGAAAGAGAAAAAAUAUUUACUAAUUGUUAAAUUAUUAUGACGUUCUUUCCAAUACAAAAAGUGUAGUAACUAUUGUUUCCAAUCUGCGUUACCCACUCCAGUCAACAGAUGGCGAUGUGCGUCUUUCAGGUGAUGCUUCUUGCGUGACGUAUAAUGGACUGGACGGGACGCUUCUUCAGGAACAACAACGCGGCUACUCUUACAACCACCUCGGUAGCUUGCUAGCCAACAUAAAACUGAAAGAUUGAGGUUUUAGACGAUGUUAAUUAGCUGAUCUCAGUGUUUAAAACGUAUUUCUGUUGACGUAUCAACUGGUGAACUUGAACCUAAUUUGCUUGUCCAAUUUGCAAACUUGUUAAAGAUUGAUGCUGAGCCUAGGUUAGUCGCUAAUGCUAACUAUCUAGCAUCACUGACCAUGAGUUCACUGACCAUGAGUUCACUAAACUACUCCUACCCUGCUAAAGAAGAUGAGGUUUGCUGUUUGGAGAAAGAAGCUCUGGCGCUGAACAUUGUCGUGAAAGAAGAAGAGGAGGAUAUUACAGUGAAAGAAGAGAAAGAACCUUUCAGAAUGAAAAAGGAGGAAGAGGUUGUUAUAGGGAAAGAAGAGAAAGAACCGUUUAGAGAGGAAGAGGAUGCUAUCUCAAUAAAGGUGAAGAAGGAAGACGUUUUGGGAGUGAAAGAGGAGGAGACAGAAUAUCAGAUUAACACCAGAGAGAGACAUGACUAUCGUGGAUCCUCUGGGGAGCCUCAACAACAUCCUGAUGCUGACGAGUCAGAGAAGAUUCUCUCCAGAUCAGAACACCAGAUGGAUAUCGCUAGCCCUUUCACCCUCCCGGAGUCCCCGGGUCGUGCCUCUCCUGGUAGCGCCUUACUGCUGGGUAUGAAGAGGUUGUCUGUGCUGCUGGUGGACUGCAGGAAAACAACGGAGCUGAGUGGAACUGUGAGAGGAGGAGAAGAGAAGAAAGAAUCAGAUUUGACACAUCAAAGAGAAAAACCUAAUUCGGAGGAACCAGAGACAUCCAAACCAGCAAGACGGCACCUCUGCUCCCAGAUUGGAAAGCGUUUUACCAAGUUAGGAAGCCUGAAAAGACAUAGGAGGACGCACACUGGAGAGAAGCCACACCAUUGCACCCAGUGUGGACAUAAUUUUAACCAGUUAAGAAGCCUGAAAGCUCAUGAGCGAAUACACACAGGGGAGAAGCCUUACCACUGUUGCCAAUGCGGAAGUAGUUUUAGCCAGUUAGGGAACCUGAAAUCUCAUGAGCGAAUACACACAGGGGAGAAGCCUUACAAAUGCUCAGACUGUGGAAAGACAUAUUUCUCAUCAUGGUCACUUAAAGUCCAUGUUAGAACCCACACAGGGGAGAAGCCUUACCACUGCUCCCAGUGUGCAAAGAGUUUUAGACAGUUAGGAUACCUGAAAGCCCAUGAGCGAAUACACACAGGGGAGAAGCCUUACCACUGUUGCCAAUGUGGAAGUAGUUUUAGCCAGUUAGGGAACCUGAAAGUUCAUGAGCGAAUACACACAGGGGAGAAGCUUUACCACUGCUCCCAGUGUGGAAAGAGUUUUAGCCAGUCAGGAAGCCUGAAAACUCAUCAGCGAAUACACACAGGGGAGAAACCUUACCACUGCUCCCAGUGUGCAAAGAGUUUUGUCCAUUUAGGACAUCUGAAAGAACACAUGAGACUGCACACAGGGGUGAAGCCUUACCAAUGCUCAGACUGUGGGAAGACCUAUUACUCAUCACAGUCACUUAAAGUUCAUGUGAGAACCCACACAGGGGAGAAGCCUUACCACUGCUCCCAGUGUGGAAAGAGUUUUAGCCAGUCAGGAAGCCUGAAAACUCAUCAGCGAAUACACACAGGGGAGAAGUCUGCUCCCACUGUGCAAAGAAUUUUACCAAAUUAUGAAGCCUGAAAAAAACACAUGAGACUGCACACAGGGGAGAAGUCUUACAAAUGGUCAGACUGUGGGAAGACAUAUUACUCAUCACGGUCACUUAAUCAUCAUGUGAGAAUCCACACAGCAGAGAAUAAUGACUUCUAGUGUGUAUAUUGAUAUUUCACAUCACAUUGACUUAAUUACUUCUCCUAGUGUGUAAAUUGAUAUUUUACAUCAAAUUGACUUAAAAUUUUAUCAGAGAACAUACACAGUGCUCCCAUUGUCUUAUAUUGUUGACUGAGAAUGUGUUUACUUGUUUAUACCAUAUGAAAUUAAAUGGUACAAAGUAUACUCAAACAAAUAUUUGUAUGUUUUUAUUAUAAAACAUGAAUUGAAUAUAUGGUACGUCAGUUUGAAUAUAAAGUAGAUCAGAUUCCAUGUGUUUAAAGGGUCCUUUUUUAAACUCUGACUGUGGGUGUGUUUAUCUGAGUGUCAUUCCUCCAGCACUACAGAUAAUCAAGUGAUAUUUGGAUGUGAUGCAUUUGUUCCAUUGUUUACAUUUGCAUUGUUGGCCCACUGAUGAUUUAAUGACAUGAAAAUAUUCAGACGGUAAUGGAAAAUGUUAAUCGUAUGUGUCCACAUAACUGAUUAUGUGACUAACCUUGUGAAACUGUCCAAUUAUAAUCUCCUGUUCUUGGGAGUAUCAUCCUGUGUUGCAAGCCAAUUUGCACCUGUGUCCUUGUAUGAAUAAAGUCCCUCCCAGGAACAGGAAACUAAAGAUAUGUGCUCAUCACCCAAUGCUUCAGGAAUUCAGACUGUCUACACUGCGCUGUGUAACUCUGUUAUUCUCUCUGAGCUCAGAAAUAAAGAAUCUUGGUUUUA